GGCUUGUAUCCCAACUCCAUCGCAUUGUGGUCCGAUUUUAUAACCAACCGCCACACCAUGGCGACACCAAACCCCACCCCAAAUGUCAUGCCACCAGAACAGCGCCUGGCCCUAGAACAACAACAGCGCUAUGAACGCAUAACGCGGAACUUGGCCAUUGGAGGAGUGAUAUUAUGCCCCGUAAUCGCGCUCCUUCCACCGCGAAAACUCGACCUCUACACCUUUUCGUUGGGAAUCGGUUUCUACCUUUCGGCUGACCACCUCGUUACUCUCCGCACCGGCCGCGGCCUCGUCCAGAACAUUCCUUUCGUGCGCGCAGUAGACCUUCCUACCGACCGAGCACGAGAGACACAAAAGAUACUGCGCGAGGAAAGGGAGAAGAGCAGAAAGAUGCUGGAGAGGAAAGAGGAACAGGAAAAGGGUAUAUUAGGGAAAUUAUGGAUGGGAGACGAGGAAGAAGGAUGGAAAGAGAAGCGACUGGGGGAAGAGAGGAAAGCGCUCGAGGAGGGCAGAGGAUAUGGAGACUUGAUUCUUGAGCAAAUUUGGGAUGUGUGGAAUUGGGACAAGAAAAAGAAGAGCAAAGACGAUGAGGGCAAGAAAGAGUGAAUCCUGAGUCUCGCUUCCCAAGAGCGACCACGGUGUGUCUAUGAUGAGGUGUAUAUUAUCAAGGUUGGCGCAGCGCUUUCUAUUGAGGGCAAGCCAUCCUAUGUAAGAGUAUUUGGUAUUGAUGGACGAGGACGUGCUGGGGGACCAGUACAAGGCGACGAAUCCUACGCUAUCAUGACAUCUCGCGUCCAAGGGGCCAGACCGUCCUGAAACACCUUUGAGUAAUCGGCCUAAAACAAAUCGAAAACAUGUGGUCAUUGUGGGAUCAGUGCGCUUGUGGUGGCAUUGAGUCAGACUGAUUGCGCUCUCUAGCAUGGCAUACAUGAGAAAGAG